CUCGCCACCCGAGCUGGAACGGGACACUCGGAUCUCCCCGAGCUCGUAGCCGCAUCCCGCUGCGGCGUGCAAACGUUGCGAGUGCGCCAUGCGCCGAUGCGGGUCAGGCGGAUCCGGUCCUGGUGACAUGUAGCAGCCUUUGGCGUCAGACCAGGGGGACUGCGGAACACAUCGAUCCCCACGGAGCCUCCUUCGGUCGUGUGAAGAAGAGUUCGAUGCCCAGCCUGAUCCCACAUGGUGCCACCACAGGCCCUUCCUAAUCCUGUCCGGGCCAAGGAGGAUCCCCGCCAGUCUUGGGACACCUCAGCACCGCAUUUGGCCGCUGCUCGUUCUCCACAGCAGAUCCACUGAUCCAUCUUCACUGGCUCUAGCCUCUCGCCAAGACGAAGCGCUGAUGUGUUGCUGGGUGCGCCCGGCAAGGGUAGCCUAUUUUAUCCUCUGAUGGCGCCUCCAGAAGUCAUUCAAAUGUGACAGCAGGGGGCCUUUUUCAUUCUGACCUCAUCAAUUUGAAGCCAAAGGAUGUCAGACGCCCACCGCUGAACGCAGACUCAAUGUCGGGCGGGGCUUGAGGUCAAAGACACUUUGAGGGCGUUGAGCAACCACAGGAAGGCUUUUGCUCACCCAAACGGGACCAUGGACUCCCCGGCUUUGUCCUGACCCAGAAGAAACAAAGACGCCGUUUUUUAAAACCUGAUCUGAGCUGCAUACGAUCCGGAUGCUGCCAUGCCAAUCAUCAGCAAUGCUAACCACGACUUUAGCAACCUGUCCGUCAGUGACGACAGCAGUCUUGACCGCAUCUUCACCGAGAUUCCAGAGACUGAGACCAUCAAGGGUGUUUAUUACCAAAGGGCCCAGUUCAUCCGUCAGCCAGAGGACCUGGUGUCCGUGGACCACCGCGUGCUCGCCGUGAUCAACGUGGGCGGGAACCGCUACACCUUCCCUUGGACGACGCUGCAGCAGUUCCCGCUCACUCGCCUGGGCCGCCUGUGCGGCUGCAGGUCGCCCGAGGACAUCGCCAGCGUCUGCGACGACUAUGACGAGGCCCGGAAGGAAUUCUUCUUCGAUCGCUCGCCGUCCGCCUUCAGGGUCAUCCUCAACUUCCUGGCCGCCGGCAAACUCCGCCUCCUGCGGGAGAUGUGCAUCCUCUCCCUGCACGACGAGCUGGCCUACUGGGGCGUGGAGAUGGCCUACAUGGAGCGCUGCUGCAAGAGGAAGAUGUACACCCGCAUGGAGGAGGUGCACGAGCAGGAGCGCCAAGAGGAGGAGCGCAGGCAGAGAAACGCCAUGCAGCGAGUCCCCGUGGAGGAGACCACGUACCGGAAAGUCAUGAACUGGCUCAGAGACAUGGUGGAGAACCCGCAGUCUGGCUUGCCGGGGAAGAUCUUCGCCUGCCUGUCCGUCAUCAUGGUGGCCGUGACCGUGGUCAGCUUGUGCAUCAGCACCAUGCCGGACCUCAGGGAGGAGGAGGACAGGGGCGAGUGCUCGUCCAAGUGCUACAACAUGUUCAUCAUCGAGACGGUGUGCGUGGCCUGGUUCUCCUUGGAGUUCGUCCUGCGCUUCAUCCAGGCUCGCAGCAAGCUGGACUUCCUGCGCGGGCCGCUCAACAUCAUCGACGCCAUGGCCAUCCUGCCUUACUACGUGUCCUUGGUGGUGAAGGAGGAGGACCCGUCCACGGAGAGCGAGCGUCCAGGAGGAAGUAAGGUCUACCUGGACAAGCUGGGCCUGGUGCUGAGGAUCCUGCGGGCCUUGAGGAUCCUGUACGUGAUGCGGCUGGCUCGCCACUCCCUGGGCCUGCAGACGCUGGGACUGACCGUCAGGAGGAGCACGCGUGAGUUCGGCCUGCUCCUGCUGUUCCUCUGCGUGGCCGUCACCCUCUUCUCCCCGCUGGUCCACCUGGCUGAGAGCGAGCUCACGGGCACCCACGACUUCAGCAGCAUCCCCGCCUCCUACUGGUGGGCCAUCAUCUCCAUGACGACGGUGGGCUACGGCGACAUGGUGCCGAGAUCCAUCCCGGGUCAGGUUGUGGCGCUGAGCAGCAUCCUCAGCGGGAUCCUCAUCAUGGCCUUCCCUGCGACCUCCAUCUUCCACAUGUUCUCCCGCUCCUACCAAGAGCUGAAGAUGGAGCACGACCGCUUGUUCAAGGAGGAGUGCGCCGCCGCCGCGGCUGCUGCCGCCACAGCUAGCGCCGCGGCCGGCGCCACCGGGGAGCCGGAGGGGGCAGGACGGGAUGGAGGAGAAGGUGGAAAGCUGGAGGACUCGGCUGCUCCUGGACUGGAGUUCCAUCCGGAUAAGGACGGAGUGGACUCCCUGGAGUCCCUGGCUCUCCUCGGGAAGGAAGCUGAUCCUGCAGCAAAUAAUCACAGAAUUCCAGCAGCCGCUUUCUGAGUGACGGAUCCAUCAAAAGCUUCCAGGCUCCAUGUUGGUCUCCAUCUCCCCUGAAGAUCUCCCUUUCCAUGUGGUCCUAAAUAAGGAGAUGACAUCAGCUGUUUGUCUCCCUGGUGGGGGGCUGAUGUGGGCCCCCAGAGUACCAGUGAGCAGACACAAACUGAAAGACCAUCUAAACCCUUUAAAGCCGAUGAGAUGGUUCAGGCCGUCUUAUUAAACCGUGCAGCAAUAUUAAUAUUAAUAUUAACUCUUUGCUUCCAUAAACAUGCAAUAUCCAAAGUUGCUUUUUUCUUCCACUGUGAAAAAAUACUUUGCAACUUUAAGUGUACUACUGGGUACUACUACUUACCGCUAUGUUGCCGACAGUAUGAGCUGUAAAAGAUGUAUUCCAUAGGAAUACCGGAAUAAUCUAUGAGAUCUCCUGGUAGGGCUAAACCAUUCUACGCUAACGCUAACUCCAUUUAACUCCAUUUACAUCAGUUAGUUAUAACUUAGUAUUAUGAUUCAUCAUCUUGGUCAAUGCAGGGCUUUUAUGCAGAUGGAUAUGAUGGAAUGGUCUACAACUAAGCCAAGGGUGGAGCUCACACGGUGGAACCUCCAAAUUCAAACAUCCCAUAAAUUGGUACAGUCCAAGAGUUAAACCAGAAUGUUCUAGGAGUCAAAAUACCUCAAAAGUACCUGGAAAAAUGGAAUGGAAUGUAAUGAAUUUUGGAGGUUCCUCUCUCGUUUGAAUUGAAGGAAGUUCUCCUCUUGGUUCCUCUCUGACUUGAUGCCAUGUGAUGUUUGAUCCUCCAACGAUGGUUUGUAUGUCCAUGUUGCUCCUGGUGUGUUUGUGGUUACGGACUGAGACAUGGGAGAACAUGAACAGUAGGAGGACCAAUGCAGAUGGAGAUGCUCGUUCCUAAAGCCGCCCAUGAAAGGUUCCAAAUAACGGCAUGCUCAUUUGCGUUUUCCUGGGAUGAAAGCGAGAAUGAGCGCUAACAACGAUGAAAUGUACUUUGCAACGCUGCAAAUAAAAGCUCUUGCAAUAAUCGCAGGCAAAUCCCCUCUUUUUUUUUUUUUAGAACAUUCCAGUUGGCAAAGUCAGGCUGAUGAACGUUUCUGAGGAAGAUAAGACAAAGCUUGGAGACAGUAGUCAGCACACAAAACCCUUACAGCCUCGUGUACUAUUGCAAUACUAUCGUGUACUUUAGUGGGACUCCUUAACGUUUCAUCUCCAAGUUUGGCAUCAACCCUCCAACAUUACUCUGAAAAGAGGGUUCACACAGGGACACGCCAGAUGUAAUCUAGAUUAAACCUGGGAUUAUACGGCCCGUGGCUAGCAUGAUGCUACCCCAAAUGUAAGUCUUUGUAUCCCAGUGACUGUUGGCCAUAUGGCAUCCCAUCCCAUCCCAUCCCAUCCCAUCCCAUCCCAGCACUGGGAUUCCUGGUACAGUUGACUUUAUUCUCCGGAGCAGCAUAUGGCUGGGAAUAUCAAUUCCAAUUAGCAGACCCAUUUUGCAUGAGAAGACGUGAUGGAUUACAACACAGACCAACCAUUUUCCAUCUGGAUAGUCCAAAUCUGGAGAGACAGGAAUUAUAAUGAAUAUGAAUUGGAAUCCUGGAAUUGUAGGUCAAAGGUUGGGCAAGUUAGCAAACAACAAAGGAGGAGUUAUGGUACAAUAUUACAAUAAUAAUAAUAUAUAUUC